AUGGGAAGUACUACAGGAACAACUGAACAAAGUUUUAGGUUUCAGGAUGUCAAACUUUUCCCAUACGCAAAUGGAAAAAUAAAUUUGGUUAAAUUUUUAGAGGCUACUUCAGAUUUAAUAAGGCUAGUGGAACAUCUUGGAAAAGUAUUUGCACCAGUCAAAUAUGAUAUGGAAGGUAAUAUUGAGAAAAUAAGAAAAUUUUACAAAUAUGAUGAGAGUUCCUGUUUACUUGAAUUAAUGAAUGAUGAAUAUUCAAAGGGAGAAAAAAAUGCUAUUGAAGGAAUUUUGUGGCUAAACAGAGCAUUGCUGUUUUUUGAGUUGGUCUUUCAAGAAAUCGAUUUGAAUCUUAAAAAAGAUGACUCUUAUAUUUGCAUGAAAAAAAUAUUUACAUUGGCAUAUGAAGGUUCAGUCAAAAAAUAUCAUGGCUGGAUUACACAGCAACUGUUUACAAUUAUCUGCAAGAUGUCACCAACACUUCCUCAAAUAAUAAAAUCUUUAGAAAUGGAAAGUGAUCUUGAAACAUUUAAAUCAACGCUUGCAAGUUUUAAUACAACUUUGCAUUCAUUCUGCACAAAAGUUCUAAAUUUCGUAUUGUUCAAAAAUAUAAAA